AUGGAUGCAGGAGUGAAGAAAAGCGGCGAAGUACAACUUAACCGAGCAUGCGAAGCUUGUCGAGUUUCGAAGGUGCGGUGCUUAGUCAACCAAAACUCAUCAUCAUCACAAUGUGAGCGAUGCGCGAAAGCGGGACGUCAGUGUGUUUUCGCGCCUCCAGCGAAACGAAGGCAACGGAAGAGAACCGAUGUUCGCGUAGCGGAGCUCGAGAAGGAACUAAAGCAUCUCACUGCUCUGCUGAAACCAAACUCAACAAUUCCACCGAUCGAAGAAGAUGACCAUGACGAGUCCAUGGAUGAUGACGAGCUAGAGCCUACAGAGUCUCCAGAAAGAAAGUCCUCAGGUUAUUCACAGAGUCAAGACAGUUCCAUCGCCAAAGAACCAUUAAGAUCUAACGACCCAUGGCCACCAAGACAGAACAUUUCUAGGAACGAUACGAGGCACGAUUUGUUGACGACCGACAAUGACAUUAUUGACCGUGGUGUGAUUACCAUAGAAUUGGCGGAGAGCCUUCUCAAACUUUACCGGGAAGAGCUCUUUGUGGACUACCCGGGGAUCACAAUUCCAAAAGAAGUAACAGCAAAUGAGCUAAGGUCCAAGAAGCCAGCCCUUUUUCACGCAGUCAUGGCUGCAGCGAGUCAGGGUCUGGGAUCUGCUUUAUCUAACAAGCUACAUGAAGAACUGGUCUACUUCUACGCAAGGUCACUGUUCGUCAAUGGAGAAAAAUCAUUACAACAUGUCCAAGCGCUCUUCAUAUCAGUUGCUUACUAUACGCCCCCCAAUAACCCUGGGCAGAUGCAAAUCUACCAAUACACGAAUCUAGCGGCCAGUAUGGCGCUGGAGCUGGGAUUGGCUUCCAAACCAAGGACGCACGAGCAGCUACCGAAACGAGCAAUCAGAUCACUACAGCGUAUCUCUUCUGCCGAUGAGCUUCUGGAACAUUGUCGAACUAUUCUCUCGUUGUAUACAAUUAUAGCCGGUCUCUCGAUGCGGUUUCGAAGACCAAACAUUCUGCUAUUCAACUCUUGGAUGGGCGAAUGUGAAGCUCUGCUUCUCAAAAGUCCGAAAACCCAGGACAAGACCUUGAUCGCGUGGCUGAGAUUACAGCGCAUUGCCGACGAAGCCUACACAGCCUUUGGUUUUGACGAUGCCUCUACCAGCUUCACCCUAUCAGAACUGCGCUUGCAAGCGAUCUUAAAGAUCUUCGAGCGGAGGAUGCAAGAGUGGAAGAAGGCUGUGCCGGACGAAGUCAUGACGAUGACUCUUUCGAUGGAAUUUCAUCAGAAUAUGAUGUCCAUGUGGGAGUUUGCCAUGGAUGGAGGCAAAUAUGACGCGCCAGAAUUUCGAAAUCGGCACAUGACACUUCCAGCUUUGGACGAUGACGCAUGCAUUCAACCGGAGAGCCUUCUCUCCCGCUCCUCGCUCCAGAUCAAUGCAACUAUUAUGUGCAUCAGUUCUGCGCAUUCCAUCCUUGACUGCUUCCUCCAAAUGUCGAUAUCGAAGCUGCAAAGGGCCGCAGGUAUCAACUUCGUUCGCGCCUGUUUCGCUCUUGUUGCACUACUAAAGGUGGAUUACGCUGUUGGAACAGACGCGGAAGGCAUGGGUGAAGUCAUCGACUCCAAAAGCCUCAAGAUAGAUUUCUACCUUGAUUCAGUGAUCAGGAUCACAACAGAAGCUGAAGGGCCGCAGAAGUGCAGAAUCCCAGGACACUGGCGGUUUGUCUUGAAGGAGAAGCUCAAGACAUGGCACGAUGAGCAUCAAGAAUGGAGACGCAACGGCGGGCACCUGAAACGCAGCAAGAAAGCCCAAGCCAUGAUCGACGCAAACACUUCUAGCGUAACUACUGAUGUCUUGCCACCAUACACAUCUCAAGCACAACAGCUGCCGACACCAAGCCCCCUAACCACCUCACCCUCGCUCACAGAACAGCCCCAAAUUCCUCGGAGCCAAGGGCUCGAUUUCGUUCUCGGCGGCACGCAGCUUCCUGUGGGAACUUGGCAACCUCCCGCAUUUAGAUUUCCCACCACGAGUGGAACCCAGACACCAGGGCUCAACGAUCAGAUGUACACAGGUCCGGAUAUGACCGACUUCUCGGCGGCCUUCCAGAACGGUGAUCUGUACUUGUGGGAUGACAUUAACGAUAACUAUGGGGGAUGGAUGCCCCAAGGCGGAACCAUGUAUAGCGAUGUACCGUUCAAUGGGAUGAACUUUUAG